UGAUGGUCUGUGAUGAAUGGGAGGGAUGUAUAAUAAACACAUUACCACUACUAAAAAUAUAACUAUACACCUGUUGCACUAUGCAUCUUCCCAGUAUCAAUCAAUGUUAUUACCUCCAGAAAUUGUUGAGUGCAUGUGUUGUAUUCACUGGUUCCCCCCAUCUAUCGUGUGUGUGUGUGUGUGUGUAUGUGUGUGUGUGUGUGUGUGUGUGUGUGUGUGUGUGUGUGUGUGUGUGUUGGUUAUCCUAUCCUCGUGGGGAACUAAAAUCCCCAAUUGUCCCCACAAAGAUAGUCAAACAAGGAAAACUCUCCCUCAUGGGGACAUUUCAAAGACUAUUUUAAGCUUAGGGGUUAGGUUUAGUGUUACAAUUAGGGUUAGAAUUAGGAUAAGGGGUUAGUGGUUAGGGUUACGGGUUAAGGUUAUGGUAAGUUUUAGGGUUAGGGAAAUAGGAUUUUAAAUACAAAUUAAUUGUCGGUCCCCAUGAGGAUACAAGAACAUAAUGUGUGUGUGUGUGGUUUGGUUUGGUUUUGCUAUCCCUGUGGGGACCAAAAGCCCUCACAAGGAUGGUAAAACAAGGACAUUUUGGAAAAGUGGAAACAUUUCUCUGGCCCCCACAAGGAAAAAGUCUAUUUAAGGCUUAUGGGUUAGGUUUAGGGUUAGGCUUACACUUAAGGUUAGGGUUACAAUUAAGGUUAGGAGUUAGAUUUAGGGUUAGGAGUAAGGGUUAAAUUUAGUUUUAGGGUUUGGGUUUGGGGUUAAGAUUAGGUUUAGGUUUAGGGAAAAUAGGAUUUUGAAUGGGAUGAAAUGUUUUGGUACCCACAAGGAUAGUGAAACAAAUGUGUGUGUGUUUGUGGUGUGUGGGGACUCCGCCUCAGGUGGGAUUCCUCGUGCAUCAGGAGUCACGUCCAUCCCUACAUCACUACAUUCCUACAUCACCACAUCCCUACAUCACUACAGUGGAGAGAAUAACCAUGCUAAAUCAUCCAUCACCAAUUUUAAAAUUGCACUUUGUGCAUUCUACUAUUACAACUUUCAAGAGUAAGUUUAAAGUUGGACUGAGUACCAAAUGUAUUAUUAUUAUUUAUUUAUUUGGAGGGGGGGGGCAUAGUAUGCUUAGCCUAGCCUACAUAGGCUAUAUGGAGGCCACACUUGCACUGCAGAAAAACUACUGUAGUGUCAUGUUCAAGAGGAAAUUAGAACAGCACAUGGAACAGAUGUUAUAUUUACAGAGGAACUAUUGGUGCAGUCGUCUACUUUUGUGGAGACUUUUUUUGGGGUGGGGUGCUGCAGCAAACUUCCUUUAAAACUGCAAAAUGUUCUCUAUGCUGAAAAUGUACUUUAAAACUGACAUUUUUCUCUCAGCUGGCAAGGGGGUGCCACAAAAAAAAAUGUGACCACGUGGUGGGGGGGGGGCUCCCACCAAGCGGGUGAAAAGCCCUGACACAAUCUCACCUGUUUAGAAAGCUCUGACACAAUCUCACCUGUUUAGAGAGCCCUGACACAAUCUCACCUGUUUAGAAAGCCCUGACACACUCUCAUCUGUUUAGAAAGCCCUGACACAAUCGCACCUGUUUUGAAAGCCCUGACACAAUCUCACCUGUUUCAGAAAGAGUUGCUAUUAAAAUAUUUGCCAUACAACCUCCGUUCACAAUUUAUGCUUAUAUUUUGCUCAUAUUUCAUCACAGAAAAACAUAUUAUGCAUGGGAUCCGAUGUGAGGAGGCACACCAACCAGAAGGGGGAAAAGGAGGCAACACACACUGUCUGUUGAACUUUAUUUCCUUUACACAUGUAGGCCUACAUGUCCGCAAAUAUCCCAUAAGAGCCAUGAGCACAUACAACCAGAGUAAAGUAAUGAAUCUGUUUUCAUUAUCUUUUUAAAAACGUUACAAUGCCAGUCUUACAUUACAAACAGUCCUCUGAUAAACAACAGUUUAAUUUAAUUUACUAGGCCUAAUGUAAUAGGCAAAUACUUGUAUAGUGUAGGAUUAUUCUACUAGGCAUAGGUUUUAAAUGACUGACUGCAACCUUAUUUUCAGUUUCAUUUCCUCUCUGGUGGCUUGAUUAGGCCUACCCAGUGUUGCCAACUCAUUUUCAGGGUAAGUUGCUAGAGGCAGGUUGAUUUGUUGCUAAAAGUUGCGAAAUGACGUUACACAAUAACGUUACUCAAAUUGACUGGCCAUCUCGGCAAAGAAUAUGAUUUGACAUUUGUUCAGGUACAGACUUCCACUCUUUUCUGUACUUCUGGCUGUACAAUUUUGAUUGAGACAUGUUAAUUGAUGUAAGUUCUGUUCAAGAUCAAACAUUCGUGACCAACUAUAUUCAUUGGGUUUGGCUCGUCGACUGGCUGACUGCAACAAUGAUUUGCAAUUUGCUGAAAUUGCUGCUGCCUGUGCACGAGCUGAGCGCCUGCUGCUGACGUCACUCACAAUGCACUUUUGCAGCCAGUGACGUGUUGUGACUGAGUGUGUGUGACAGAGAAAAUCGUUUUUGUGUCAUUUAGAGGGAAAAUGCGUGCAUUUUAGCGUUUGAGUAACUUUUCAAAAGUUGCUAAAAGUUCCAAAUACAUUUUUAAAAGUAGCUACAUUUGUUGCUAGAUGCUAUUGGAAAAAAAAGUUGCCAGGGUAGUCUGAAAAAUUGCUAAAUCUAGCAACAAAAUUGGUCUGUUGGCCUACCUACGUAACUUUGGCGCCUUUGACUCACCCGUUCCCUUUAAAUCGUUCCAAAAAUGUAAUAAUAUAAACAAACAUAGGCUACUUUAUGCGUGGGAGAGGCUUCUGAUCCGCAGCGGUCCAAUCCCAGUCCACUGUAAAAAUGAACCGCCCUUCAUUGCUAUUGGUUUAAGCAUCUCAGUGUCUGGAGCGGUUUUAUGCGUUAUGCACAUUGGUUCAAUCUGCUGUCAAUCUGUAAAGGCGCGCUCUAGAACGUUUAAAACAUUCAUUGGAUAAAAAGUAGCAACCAAUGAGCGUACUUUGAACGUUCCGAUGAUGACCAUUGGUUACUGUGUUGCUCUCGUUCGGAUUUACCUCAUGCUUUGACCCUUGUAAUAGGUUAUUUCCCAUACAUGUGGUAGGAGGAUUUAAUUUACCUUCAACUGAUUUGUCAAAUGAACCGCCCAGGCGCGAUUUGCAACGCGGGAAAGACGUCCAGAAGUAGGAGCUGUAUCCACAUUGACCUUGUGAACAUCGGACUUUCUAUUUUUGUAAAUUAAUGAAUAUUUGUGCAAUUUUUAAUACGGAAUUGUGGCGCGGUUGUCUACGUCGCUGGAAAUGAAGAAUAUUUUCACUCCUGAUUGAGUAGCUGAAUUUGGUGGGACACUUUCAGACGAAUAGCUGCCUAACCCAACUUCUGUUAGAAGGCUAUUUUGCUAACGUUAAGCUACUUGAUAAAAACGCGUUUAGCCUAUCUUUAGAUGACAAAGUGAUUCCUGAACACCAUUGUGAUACAAUUUGAGAUGUUAUCAGUUUUGAACAAAUCGGUCUUCAUCUCAGCGAUGGCCGAGAACAAGCACCCUCAAGUAAUUUUUUGCAACGACUCCCCAAAGAGGGUUCUGGUGUCUGUGAUCAAGACCACCCCGAUCAAGCCCAGGAAGUGCGCGUCCCUGAUGCCGACCAGCCCUGGAUUCAGCGACUUCAUGGGAUACCCGUGUGGGUGGGGGGAGAACGCCCAUAAUGUGAGUCUGAGCCCUGGCUCGGUGAACGGGGCCGCCUCACCUACCGGGACCAACACCGCCAGCGAGGCUGACCUGGCUGCCUCCUCUGACCAGUUUAAGGACGGUAUUCGGCGUGGCCGCCCGCGUGCUGACACUGUCCGCGAGUUGAUCAACGAGGGGGAGAGCUCCUCCAGUCGCAUCCGCUGCAACAUCUGCAAUCGUGUGUUCCCCAGAGAGAAGUCCCUACAGGCCCAUAAGAGAACACACACAGGGGAGAGGCCAUACCUGUGUGACUACCCUGACUGUAGCAAGGCUUUUGUCCAGAGUGGCCAGCUAAAGACCCACCAGCGUCUGCACACUGGAGAGAAGCCCUUUGUCUGCUCUAAGAAAGCCUGUGGCAGUCGCUUUACCCACGCUAACCGGCACUGCCCAAAGCACCCGUAUGCCCGUUUGAAGAGAGAGGACCCCAAAAAGGGACCAGGCAAGGCCCAGUCUGUGGACAAUAAGGCUGUGGCAGAGUGGCUGGCAAAGUACUGGCAGACCCGUGAGCAGCGUGCCCCUGUGCCCACCAAGGGGAAACCCCAGGGCACGGGUGGGGUGGAGGACCAGGAGCAGCAGGACCCCCGGGAGUUUCUCCAAUCAGACGAGGAAGAAGAGGAGGAUCCAAUGGAGGAAGAGAAGGGAAAUGGGGGCGGGGCUGCUAGGCGGCGUCUCCAAGAGCAACGGGAGCGUCUUCAUGGUGCCCUGGCGCUCAUUGAGCUGGCUAAUAACCUGUCUGCCUAAAUCCCCGCCCACAUCCCAGUCCUGAAACCUUCCCCAGUCAAUCCCCUUCUGCCUCCCUACGCAGUAUGCUUGGGAUAGAAGUUUGCCUGUAGGGAAAAACAUCUAGGAUAAGCUUACCCUCCCCAAAUACUUAACCAUUAAUGGGGGGGGGGGGCGCUAAGCUGACCUUAGAUUAGUAUGUGGAGGGAACUCCUCCACCUGCAGUGUAGGGCAGGCACAAGCUUAAAGCACCUUAUCCAGCUUCCAAUGUUACCUUAUUGGGCUGCUAUGAUUGUAGAUGUCGUUAUUUGAUGAAUGUUUUUACUCUCCUCUGCCUUCUAAAGAAAAGAGGAGAGAGGAACUUUGAAUGUUUUUGCUGUUGUUUUGUUUGCACUUUGGUGGUAACGAGUUAUUUGCCGUCUUUUACUUCGGGAACUUAAGCAUAUUGUGUGCUUGUGAUUGUGUGAAGCAUAUUGUGUGCUUGUGAUUGUGUGCGUAUUCGUAUAAUGGAUGUAUAUUUGGAUUCGGCUCAGAUGGAAGGAGUGGUACAGGGUGCGUUCAGACGUAGGAUAACUUAGGUGUAUCUAAAUGCUCUGAUCUGGACUGUGACAGGAUACAGUAGGUGGAAAAGCAAUGCGGUGGAAGCCUAUCAGGGGAUCUUGCUUCCACCUGUCUAGUUCUUUCAGAUCAGUGCAGAUGAAGGAGAGUAGAUGAGGGGAGGAAGUCACUGUAGAGACGAUUGGGAUGCAACCCACUAUUAGAAGAAGAGGUGGCCAUUGCAAGUCCAAUCUAGAGUAGUAGCUAGGCACAAGCUUUCACAUGAAUCCAAGCUCUGACACCUUCACCUGUCAAACGAAUCCCACCCAGACCUGUAGCUCUAACCCAGGCGAGGGACAACUUGGGUCCCGGAGAGCCGCAGAGUGAGCAGAUUUAGCUCCAUCUCAGCUCUUAACAAACCCGAUUCAAAUGGUGAUCUUAUCAUGGCCAUUUAGACCACAAUCAGUCGACCCGGGUGUGUUAGAGCUAUGGCUGUUCAGGCGUUGACCGUCCCUGCUCUAACCAAAUCACAUCGCCGGACAGAAGGAAGAGGAAGACAUGCAGAGCCAGGGUAUGUAAAGUCAGAAGUGCUGCCAUCUUUUAUAUUAAAAGAUGCUAGCUGAUUGGAGAUACGGACAUGGUAGCGCCAUUGGGGGUGUAUGAACAAGUCUUCUCUGCAAUCAACGCUUCAUAGGUAUUUAUUUCAUCAUGUUUAUUUGACAUUAUUGAUGACCGAUUUGCUAUCACAAGCUUUCUCCGAGUACGGACAUACUGAGUAAUUCCACUGAAGAGUUUAUUGAUCAUGUCCUUCCUCAGUGAUUUAGUAUCUAUCCAUGUCAACUAAUAGCAAUUAGAAUGUCACUCACCUUUGCAGCAGAUCUUGUAUCUAUCUGCUAUUAAGUUUUGCCUUUAUUGAUUAAGUUUGCAGUGUAACGUUUCCACUUAUUAGACCGGUCUAGAGAAAUGUCUAGAGGAUGUAAUGAUUGCUUGGCGUUGGCGAUGUUUUAUUAUUUGUUAGCAACACUACAUCUUUUAACAUUGUGUAAAGGUUUUAGGAUCAAUGGUAAAUUGUUUUUAAAUUUAUGUUUCGGUUGUUUGAUUAGGUUUGUGCUUCUCGCAAUACCCAGAUCCUUUAUUGGCCAUAUGUGAUUAAAUAUGUUGUAUCCCACUGGGACACAAACUGGUUGAAUCAAUGUUGUUUCCACAGCAUUUCAACAAAAACAAAAAUGCAACGUUAUGACGUUAAAUCAAUUUGGAAAACUGAUUGGAUUUACCAAAAGUCAUUAACAUUAAGGAAUUUUGGUUUGUAUUUUUUUCAGCCAACUUUUAACCAAUGACAUGGUAAAUAAAAUAAAAAAGAUUUCCCUUUGAAUUCACUUUACAAUUCAAACAAAUGUAAAUAAAACUAGACUUUGAAUGGACCACACUGUCCAGUGGGAUAACAUGUCCUAUAAAUCUUUUAAUAGAGUACAGGUUCAACUGGACAACAGUUAUUAUUUGAUAGUCAAAGCACCAAAUUAUGUAUAAUGUAUAUAUCUUGUUUUUCUAACUCUUUGUUUAUUAUUUGGUUUCAAAAUGUUUCGUCGGUUAAUAUAUUCCCUAACUUGUUUGUUAGAAAAAGAGAAGGAGAAAAAUGACUGCACACGAUCUACAGUACAAGAGCUUGAAGUUCAUGUGUAGAUGAUUGUGAAAUUCACUUUCUCUCCCACCGUGUUAAACAGACCAUAGUCAGAAUUGGUGUGUUUUAGGCCUUGAUAGGAAAUGUUCUGACUUGCUCUGUGGAGAUAACAUUGUUGGUGUUUAAAGCAGAGAUUCUCUUUAUAGGCAGUCCACUGUUGGUACUUGUUGGUCUUCAAUAAACAUCAUCGUUGAUCAUGA